AUGGCCAGUGUUCCGAAUAUUGCAGGACUGACAAAUCGGAAUUUAUUCCGCAUCGGUUUUCAAGAACCUUACAAAGAAGUAGCAGUGAGAGAUGAGACGACAACAAAUAUACGCAGUUUCAUAUUCAGCCCUAAGGGGACAUAUGUAGCUUACAGGACAGAUAAAAAAGCUGAGAUUCUGAAAUGUGCUGACUGGUCUGUAGCUGCUUUGAUAGAGGGAAAUUAUAAAGAAAUGUUUUUCUCACCACUGGACAACUAUUUCAUAGUUUGGGAAAUGUUUGCUAUGACUAAAGAAAAUCCACAGGGCAAGCCAAACCUGCAUGUCUUCAAAUCAUCUGAUGGUUCAAAGGUUGGAUCAUUUGUACAGAAGAAUCAAAUUGGAUGGGAACCAAAGUGGUCGGCUGAUGAGAAACUCUUUGCAAUUCUCGUUAACAACAGGGUGUUGAUAUAUGAGGAUGUAAAACUUGAUCACUACACCCACUCUAUCCAAGCAGAGAAGUUACAGGCAUUCAGCAUAUCACCGAGUCUGGCACCAGCUUACUAUAUAUCAAUAUUUACUCUCGGUAAAGCUGGUCAACCAUCAUUUUGGCGAGUGUUCAAGUUCCCAAACUUUGAUCUGACUCAGUCGGUUGUCAGCAGAUCCUCGUUCCAAGCUGACAAAGCAACAUUUCACUGGAACAGAAGAGGCACCAAUGUGUUUGUUUUAACACAGACUGAUGUUGAUAAGACUGGUGGUUCAUAUUAUGGAAAACAAUCUCUGUCUUAUGGAGAUGUGAAGGGGAAUGGAGGAAACAUGACCUUCAGUAAAGAAGGUCCUAUCCACGCGAUAUCCUGGAAUCCUGGUAACUGGAACGAGUGGGUCGCUGUUUACGGACACGCCCCCGCUAAGGCGACCAUAUUUAACGCAAAAUGCGAGCCUCUCUUUGAAUUCGGCACAGGAGCCUGGAACGCCAUAUACUUCCCACCUGAAGGGAAUCUAGUCCUGUUAGGUGGUUUUGGUAACAUAGCCACGGGUCAUAUAUCAGUGUGGGAUGUCCGCGGAUAUAAGAAGCUCGGCGAGUGUAGCGCUCCAGAUACCACCAGCCUGGCGUGGGACCCUCGUGGAGAGUGCUUCCUCACAGCCACCACGUACCCCCGACUGACAGUCGGCAAUGGGUACAAAAUUUGGCAUUACACGGGAGCUCUCAUGCAUAAAAGAACAUGCGAAGACAAAGAGAAUCUUCUGUCAAUCAGCUGGCAACCAGGGAAUUAUCCGAAGAGUGAUCUCUCCAAAUCGGUGCCAAAGAGUAUAGAAGUUACACCGAAAGCCACAGCGGCGUACAGGCCACCAGGCGCUAGGAACAAACCCUCUACAUUCACCUUCCACGAACAUGAGAAGCCACAUAAACCUGGUCAGGUUGAAGCAACACCGUCAAAGCAAGCUAUAAAGCAGAAGGAAAAGCGUGAAGCUCGCAAGGCCCGUAAAGCUGAAGAGCGUGGGGACGCGGCGCCCACGAUCACGCCCACGACGCCCACUACUCCCAAAGCACCCUUCGUGUCUACUGGUGAUCCGGAAAAAGAUAAGAAAAUCAAAAAUCUUAACAAGAAACUAAGUGACAUUGAGAAAUUAAAACAACAAAAGGCGUCUGGAAAACAAUUGGAGCUCAAUCAACUGGCUAAGAUUGAAAACGAAGCAGCCUUGCUACAGGAACUGGCUCAACUAAAAUUAUGA